AAACUAUUUCCAAUCACCUCCCAAUUUUUCAAAUCUGUAGAUUAAAAAUAAUGGAGAGUCACAUCAUCCAAGUAGAUUUGUAUUCAUUUGUAUUUUUUUAUUAAAGGAAAUCCUGAUAAAACUGUUUAAGUCAUGGGGGGAAAUAACUAAUUGUUGAAACGAAUUGGUGACGGUAGUCGGAAUCUUUUUCCUGUAACUCGCACUGGAAUAGUUGAGUUGGCCAUCUUGUUUUAAUCAUCGCCGCAUGGAUUUUGUAAACACGUCGAUGCUCAGCUUCAGUUUUUGUCGCUAUAAUUAUUUAACAAUACAGCCUCCUAUAGGCAUUGUCUAGUUUUUCAGUGUAUUCCCGCUUCUUCCCAGCGUGAAUGGUCGCAGUUCAGUAAGGUUUGUGUCACAAACAUGGAGCCGGUUUCGUCUUCUGGCUGAAGUUUGAGGCUUCAGCUGGUCUCGGGACUCGUCGCUCCCCCGGACCAUGCAGCCUCUGAGGCUUCUGGCGCCGGAUCCCGGGGACCGGGGCUCGCAGAGAUGCCGGAUCGGUCCGAGUCUGAUGUCGGCGCUGGGCCUGAGCCUGGACGGCCCGCUGCUGGUGUCCGUCCCCGGGGGCAGCUGCCUGUGCACCGCCUGGCCGCGGCCCGACCUGGCUGAGGGGUUCCUGCAGGUGGACCCCAAAUGUUCCUCCCCAGGUCUGACCUCUCAGCUCCCCAAACACGUGAGCAUCGACCCGGGUCGACUCACACCUGUGCCCUGCCCCAAACUGAGAGGAAUUAAAGUCACGGCGGUGGUCCAGAGUGCAGAUUUUAAGAGACACACCUCUCCUCGUCUGGUCCAUGAGCUGGUGAAGGACAUGCUGAGAGGGGUUUACGUCCACAAAGGCUUUGUGGUCAACCUGGAAGACUUUGAUAUGGACAUCAAAUAUAUGGUUAUAAACGACAUCAAUGCAGAUUCUGCCAGCUCUGGACUCAUCACCGCAAAGACUGCUGUUGAGAUAGUUGGCAUCCAGACAGUGAGGCAUUUCAGGAACCAGAUCCAGGGCCAGCAGGCGGAGCCGGUGGGGGGCCUGGACGAGGUGAGCGCGUCCCUGCGGGAGAUGCUGCAGCUGCCCCUGCUCUAUCCCGACACCCUGAGCUCUCUGGGGGUCUCCUGCCCCAGAGGCCUGCUCCUGGUGGGGCCCCCGGGGGUGGGCAAGACCCUGCUGGUCCACAAGGUGGUCGGGGAGGUGGGAGCCAGCCUGGUGGCGGUCAAAGGGCCGGAGGUGGUGGGCCCCCGGCCCGGGGAGAGCGAGGGGGCUCUGCGGGGCGUGUUCGAUCGGGCUCGCUCCGCCGCAGAGGAGGGGCCCAGCGUUUUGUUCCUGGACGAGCUGGACUCGCUGUUCCCCAGGAGGACGGGCUCUUCGGGGCCCGAGAACCGGCUGGUGGCGCAGCUCCUCACGCUGAUGGACGGGAUGCGCGGGGCCGACCGCUUCCUGGUCGUCGGGGCGACCAGCCGGCCGGACAGCCUGGACCCGGCGCUGCGGCGCCCGGGGCGCUUCGACCGGGAGGUGGUCAUCGGUGCCCCCACCCUGCAGCAGCGGAGGGCCAUCCUGUCGGUUCUGUGUGAGCGGAUGCCCGUGGGCCCCGCCGUGGACGUGGAGGAGCUCGCACAGAGAACCACGGGCUACGUGGGAGCAGACCUCAGCGCCCUGUGCAGGGAGGCGGCCAUGCACGCCAUCCGGGAAAACACAAAGGUUUCGGGGGAGCGGUGGGUGGGGAUGAGGCACUUCCAGGCCGCCCUGAGGGCGGUGCGGCCCUCCUGCCUGAGGAGCAGCCCGGGCAGCACGGAGCUGCCUCCCGUGCUCUGGGAGGACAUCGGAGGCCUGGAGGAGGUCAAAGUCCGGCUCAGACAGAGUAUCGAGUGGCCGAUGCGGUACCCCGAGGCGUUUGCCCGGCUGGGGCUGCGGCGGCCCCGCGGCGUGCUGCUCUACGGCCCCCCGGGCUGCGCCAAGACCUCGCUGGUGCGGGCGGCCGCCGCCUCCUCGCGCUGCGCCUUCCUGUCGGCCAGCGGCGCCGACCUCUACUGCCCCUACGUCGGGGACUCCGAGAAGGCUUUGGCCCAGCUGUUCCAGCAGGCCCGCCGCUGUGCGCCCUGCGUCCUGUUCCUGGAUGAGAUCGACUCCCUGAUUGGCUCGCGGGCGGACGGCCGGGGGGGCGGCGUGCAGACGCGGCUGCUGUCGGUGCUACUGAACGAGAUGGACGGCGUCGGCCUGAAGACGCUGGAGAGGAGGGGGGCGGCGAGGGUCCUGCAGGCGGAGGGAGAGCCGGAGACCAGCGAGCAGCAGCAGGAGUCGGACUUCCUGGAGGUGUGCAACACGGACGUGAUGGUUGUCGCGGCAACCAACAGACCCGACUGCUUGGACGGCGCCCUCCUCAGGCCCGGCCGGCUGGACCACAUCAUUUACGUCCCGCCGCCCGACCAGCAGGCUCGGCUGGCCAUCCUGAGGGUGCGCACGCAGGCCAUGCCCGUGGACGGCGGCGUGCGCCUGGAGGAGCUGGCGGCCCAGACCGAGCGUUUCUCCGGGGCCGACCUGGAGAACCUGUGUAAAGAGGCCGCCCUGCUGGCGCUACUGGAGGAGAACAUGGAGCCGUCGGCCAUCAAACACACACACUUCCUGCGCUCGCUCAGCAAAAUGAGCCCCUCUCUGACAGCCCAGCAGAUCAGCUCAUACCAAACCCCCCCCAGAUGAUUCAAAUCUGUACUUUAGUUUUACAAAAAAAUCUAGGUUUUGAAAUAAAAACCUUUCAAUCUAAA